GAUUUUUUUUUAUUCAAAUAUACUCCUAGCUAUUAUGGUGCGGUAUUCGAAGGAAGGUUUGUCGAUAGACGAUCAACUGGAGCAAUAAUUAAAUUACUGUUUAACUAUAAUCCAAAAAUGUGCGACAUCGAAUUUCACUUCCGGGGUAAUCCACAAACAAGAUUUAUUUAUUCAAAUAUAUAUUUAACUGUAUUCUUUAAUUAUUAUCAAAGGAGUGAUUCGUGAUUAUCCUUAAUAAAAUACACUUCUAAAUUGUGAGAAAAUUGUUGUAAAACUUCACUUUCGUGUUUUCAGUUAAAUUUCAAUUCCGGGGUCAAAUCUUUGUUGACAUUCUUGUUGAAGAAGCUCACUGCUAAGCUAAUGGCAGAGUUAGACAUCGGAAAGCACUGUCAAAUAGAUUCUUGUCACCAACAAGAUUUCCUUCCAUUUGUUUGUGAUUCCUGCAAUGGAGUCUACUGUCUUGAACACAGAAGCAGAGAGGCUCACUCAUGUUCUCAGGAGCCCGCGAGAAGAGAACCCCAAACUGCGGGCGGCAGCUCAAGUUAUCCGUGCUCCGUUGAGGACUGCAAGGGGAAAGAACUCCUUCCUGUUGUCUGUCCGCAGUGUCAGAAACACUUCUGUUUGGCCCAUCGUCAUCAAGAUGAUCAUAAGUGUGAGAAGCUGGAGGUGCAAAAGCCACGCAUGGCAGCCACCAAGGAGCUGGUGCAAAGAAUUCUGGAGUCAAAGGAUGGUUCUAAAAGCAAAGGCCGUAAGGGGGCAAAGAACAGCGCUACAGCAGCCAAGGUAGCUUUGAUGAAACUCAAGCUCCAUGCAGCAGGAGACAAGAGUUUACCACAGACCGAACGAAUCUACUUUCAAGUGUAUCUUCCGAAAGGCUAUCAGGCAGCCAGUCAGCCGAUGUUCUUCUGCUCCAAAUGGAGCGUGGGGAAGGUGGUGGAUUACGCCGCCUCACUCGCUUCCCUCAAGAACAACAAUAACGUGCUCGUAGCUCAGUUGCGCCUCUGCCAUCCCGAAACGGGGAAGUGUCUCCGUAUGGACGACAGCCUGCACACGCUGCUGAGCAGUCCGGAAGACCCGCUGCACAACGGGGGGAACGUGAUCCUUGAGUACCUGGACAACAAGAGCACUGGCGUGGAGGAUGUUUCAAACUAUGUUAAAUUGAAAUGAGUGAAUGACUUGAUAAAACGCAAGUUUCACAAAGAAUGUGUGCACAUUUGUUGCUCUUGGGUACCUUAUUAUGAGUAGGGCUAUCAGGGGAGUAUUGUUAUCUAUUGGGGGAGAGCUGUUUAUCAAUUAGAAAGCAAAACUUUAUUAGUCACACAAAUGGAAUAUUUGCAGUGUUUUACCAGCAAGUAAAUUUUAUAACUUGUU